GCUUACAUUCCCGGGAAGUUUUUCAAAUUCUAUGAACCGCACACAGAUUAUACGGUUGUUAUCAUCGCAAUCAAAAUGACAGCUGAUCACCGCACAGCUUCGCCGGUGACGAUAGAUGACGCCGAAGAGUACAAAGCUACAGAUGAGGAAGAAAUAGCGGCGAUAGAUUACGAGCUGCGUCAAAUAGAUGCAGACUUGGAAAAACUGAACAAUCGAAGGAAGAUCCUGAUUAAACGUAAAGAGAAGCUGCGUGACGAUGCCCUUCUUAAGAAAAGUCUAUCCUUAUCCAACAAAAACUGGAAUAGAGAAGAUUUUCCAUGGUACAAGAAACUCAAGGAUAAGCUGAAUAACGUUUUUAAAAUAAAGGAUUUGAGGAAGUUACAGUUACCAGCAAUAAAUGCUGUCAUGUCUAAACAAGACGUUCUUCUCAUCAUGCCAACUGGUGGUGGUAAAAGUCUCUGCUAUCAAUUACCUGCAGUCAUUUCUGAUGGUAUAACAGUUGUCGUUUCACCUCUGGUAUCUCUUAUGGAAGACCAGCUUCAUGGCUUACGGAAAGUAAAUGUUAGAGCUAUGAUGUUAAGCUCAACUGCCAGCAAAGAUGAUGUCAAGGAAAUUAUGAAUUCUUUGACAGAACCUAAAUCAACGCUACGUUUGAUAUACAUCACGCCUGAAUACAUGGCAAAGUCCAAGAGAUUUAUGGCAAAGCUACAAAAGGCUUAUAUAAUGCAACGUUUCGAUAGAAUAGCCAUCGAUGAGGUGCACUGCUGUAGUCAAUGGGGUCACGACUUCAGGCCGGAUUACAAAUUUCUGGGAGUUUUGAAAUCCAUGUUCCCAGAUGUUCCAAUCUUAGGAUUAACAGCCACGGCACCUGCGAAGAUUAUAGUUGAUGUACAAAAAAUGCUGGACAUAGAAGGCUGUCUUGUCCUAAGGGCAUCCUUCAAUAGGCCCAAUCUUUACUACGAAGUACGAAUUAAGCCUGCCGUUAAAGAGGAAUGUACAGCUAUGCUGGAAGACCUAUUGAAAAAUAGAUUUUUGAAUAAAACUGGCAUCAUUUAUACAACGACUAUUAAAGAUGCCGAAGAAUUGACCACAGACUUGAGAUCGCGAGGCUUAAGAGUUGGCUGUUAUCAUGCAAUGCUAGACGCCACUUAUCGAAGUAAAGUACAUUCCAAGUGGUUGUCAGGUGAAUACCAAGCAGUAGUAGCUACGAUAGCAUUUGGUUUAGGUAUCGACAAACCAAAUGUAAGGUUUGUUAUUCAUCACUGUAUCUCAAAGUCGAUGGAGAACUUUUAUCAAGAAAGUGGUAGAGCUGGUCGCGAUAAUCAAAAUUCCGAAUGUAUUGUACUGUAUCGAUUGGCGGAUGUCUUCAAACUGAGCGGAAUGGUUUUCAAGGAUAGAGUUGGUCUAGAAAAUUUGUACAAAGUAAUUGCAUACUGUCUAGAUCAAAGUACAUGUCGUAGAAGCCUUAUAGCUUCACACUUUGAGGAAGUUUGGACAGCAAGUGACUGCGCAAAAAUGUGCGACAACUGUCGUCAACCAAGGGAAAAACGAGAAAUUGAUAUCGGCUCUUACUGUAGAGAUUUAUACGAGAUCAUGACAAAAGCUGUUCAAAGUGAUACCAGAUUGACGGCGUUGAAGUUAAUUGAUGCUUGGUUGGGUAAAGGCGCUGUUAGCUUAAGAGUUCAGUCAAUAUCAGCUCCAAAACAUUCCCGGGAAGUUGCUGAAAAUAUGGUUGCACAUCUAAUCGUCGAAGGGUACUUACAGGAGGAUUUCCACUUUACUGCUUAUUCUACCAUUUCAUAUCUGAAACGUGGACCUAGAUCUGCAGCAGCAUUAAAUAAGAAUCACCAAAUCAUGUUUAAUCUCAAAGGAAACCUCAUAAAAUCUGAUUCCAGUAAUUCUCCCAAUAAAACUAACUCCUGUACGGAUUUAAAAAAACAUGAUGGAACUGAAUCUGAUCUUAUGGUAGAAAGUGAAUCUGGAGCCAAAUCAACGGAGAGUAAUAAUCAUAAAUCUGCAAGUCAUUCGUCCAAAAACAUGUCACUGCCAAUAUCACAAGCUAAUGAUAGCAAAAUGUCAAAGUCCCAUUCGAAAUCAGUGGAAAACAGUCACAACCGUUUGGGUGACAAAAAAGAUGAAGGGAAAUCAAGUCAUAGCAAAAAUAAGUCCAAGCAUUGGAAAUCAGCAAGUUCUGAUAAAAAAUCGGGUCCUGGUGACAGCAGUAGAAAUAAUUCCUAUAAGAAUAAACACACACCAGGUAAGGACGGUAAAACCACAGGAAAAAAUAUAUGCUCAGAGAAAACUGGGUCAGAUAAUGCACAGGAUGUACAGCCAACAACUUUACAUACGAGUGAUAAACGAAAGGUUUACGUUAUUGAAUCUAGUGACGAGGAAGAUCAAAACAUAAAAAAACAUAAAAUUACAUAAACUGAGAAAUGAAUUUGUCGUGAGUGAUUAUUACAAUUCAGCUGUUACAGAUGCAAGUACUGUUCAACAGUCUCGUAAAGAUUAAAAAAUACAAAUCACACCUGGAUAUCAAAUUGAGGAAUGUUCAAGUUUCAGUGUUUUGAGUAUAGUUUUAUUCUAACUGCCGAUGAACGAUGUACAAAAGUACACACUUACUGCACUUUGAAUUGUAAUGUGCAUCACUUGUGAGUUUAACUGAAUUGUUUACUCUUUCCAAUGGAUUUCUAAUGUAUUACUAAAUUUCACUGCCAAAAAGAUCUACUUGGAGUAUCCAUAGAAUCCCACUGUGAUUAGUUUCCUCAUAAAUAGCGGUGUAAAAUGAGCUGCAGUAAUAUGAAUUAUUUGAAAACACAUUUCUUCUGCAUGCGACAGAAAAAUCAAUAAAAUACAACCCUACUUAAAAGCAGAUGUUAGUGACCUGAGUAGUAUGGUAGUAGCUGGUUCACAGUAAUCAGAUGGUCAUAUUGAUCCUAAAUAUUGGACAUCUGUGUUGUUUAAUGUUGUCAAUCACGUCUCAUGAUCUAACUUUGAAGUUAACUAAACAUGUUUUAUGUCGAUAUAGUUGUAACUAAUUUUUAAUAAUUUAUUUUGAUACCGUCGUUUAUUUAUUAUUGAUUCUGAAAUACCUAGGAGUCUUCAACUAUUUACCAAUUUGCAACAACUUUACAUGAACAUGUUUUAAGCUAUGCUUUGAAGAAAGCAAUUCUAUUUAGUGUAACCAUUUGUAUUAUACGUAUGUGACAUGGAAUACAACACAAUAUACACAUCA